AUGGAGGCGGCGGCGGAGCGGGGCAGCGCCCUGGCCGCCGAGGGCAGCGGGCAACCGGCUCCCGCCGCGCCGCCGCCCGCCGGUAACGGGGACCCCGCCGGUAACGGGGACUCGGCGGAGCCCGGCGCCGAGGAGGCCUCGUCCGCCGCCGCUGCCGAAGACGGGCGGCUCAGGCACGGAGCCAAGCGGGUAACGUUUCCCUCCGACGAGGACAUCGUCUCUGGGGCGGUGGAGCCCAAGGACCCCUGGAGACACGCUCAGAACGUGACUGUUGAGGAAAUCGUGACUGCCUACAAGCAAGCCUGCCAGAAGCUGAACUGCAAGCAGAUACCCAAACUACUGAAGCAGAUACAGGAAUUUAAGGACCUGGCUCCCAGGAUAGAUUGCCUGGAUCUGAAAGGGGAGAAGCUGGAUUACAAGGCCUGCGAGGCGCUGGAAGAAAUUUUCAAACGGGUCCAGUUCAAAAUCGUCGACUUGGAGCAAACAAACUUGGACGAAGACGGCGCCUCGGCGUUAUUCGACAUGAUCGAGUACUACGAGUCAGCGACGCACCUCAACAUCUCGUUCAACAAGCACAUCGGCACCCGGGGCUGGCAGGCGGCUGCGCACAUGAUGAGAAAGACGAACUGCCUGCAGUACCUGGACGCCCGCAACACUCCCUUGCUGGACCACUCGGCGCCGUUCGUGGCUCGCGCCCUGCGCAUCAGCAGCAGCCUCGUCGUCCUGCACCUGGAGAACGCCAGCCUCUCCGGGCGCCCGCUCAUGCUGCUGGCCACGGCCCUGAAGAUGAACAUGAACCUGCGGGAGCUCUACCUGGCCGAUAACAAGCUCAACGGGCUGCAGGACUCCGCUCAGCUCGGCAACCUGCUGAAAUUCAACUGCUACAUCCAGAUAUUAGAUCUGCGGAACAACCAUAUCCUGGACUCAGGCUUGGCUUACAUCUGCGAAGGCUUGAAGGAGCAGCGGAAAGGGCUGGUCACUCUGGUUUUGUGGAAUAACCAGCUGACUCACACCGGCAUGUCUUACCUGGGCAUGACGCUGCCGCACACGCAGAGCCUGGAGACCUUGAACCUCGGCCACAACCCCAUCGGGAACGAAGGCGUCCGCAACCUGAAGAAUGGGCUCAUCGGCAACCGCUCGGUCCUUCGCCUGGGCUUGGCGUCGACCAAGCUGACGUGCGAAGGCGCCGUGGCCGUGGCGGAGUUCAUCGCGGAGAGCCCGCGGCUCCUUCGCCUCGACCUGCGGGAGAACGAGAUCAAAACGGGCGGCCUCAUGGCGCUCUCCCUGGCUCUGAAGGUCAACCACUCGCUGCUCCGGCUCGACCUGGACAGGGAGCCCAAGAAGGAGGCUGUGAAGAGUUUUAUUGAAACCCAGAAGGCUCUGCUGGCGGAAAUCCAGAACGGCUGCAAGCGCAACUUCGUUCUGGCCAAGGAGAAAGAGGAAAAGGAACAGAAACUGCAGCAGUCGGCUUCGAUGCCGGAGAUCACCGUGACGGAGCCUCUGGAGGAGGGACCUGCGGAGAACAGCCAAGACGACAGCGCGGCGUCCACCCCCGAAGAGGGAGAAGAAGUCGAGGAGACCCCGGCGUCCAAGGAGAACGGGGACGCGGAGCGGGCAGCGGACGGCGGCGCGGCUUCCUCCGAUUCGGAUACGGACGAGGAGGCGGACGCCGGGUUAGAGGCGAAGGACUUCGGCCGGCUGCAGGAAGAAGCCGACUCUGAUCGCGUGGCUCGCGCGCCCCAGCCGCCGCUUCCCUCCGAACAGCCCGUGCGCGCGGCGCGGGAGUCGCAGCGCGAUCCCAAAGGAGCGGGGAGCUUGGGGAACCGCGCCGGCUCGCCGGCAAACGAGAGAAGGAUUUCCGUUUCCAGUCCUGGCCGAGGCCAUAAAAUCUUCGUGGUGACGCGCGUCGAAAGCUUGCCGGAGCGAGCGGCGGAGGACGCCGCGUGCCCGCGGGAGACCGCGGGCACUGUGCGAGGCGCCGCGGUGAAACCAGCUGAGUCCCAAACCCAGCUCCCGGCCCCAAAAACUGAACGCUCGGACUCGUGGGCGAACGGGACCGUUCCCGAGUUAGCCGCCGACUCGGAAAACGCGCCGGCGGCGCGGAGCGCCGGCCCCAGCCCCGAGCGGAGUAGCUCUGCGCCCUGCGAGAACGCGAUCCACGACACUCCGCUCCCCAACGGGCUGAAGACGGAUUUCGCCCGAGCGCUGCCGGAUGCGGACGGCGACGGGAAAAUCGGGAGCCGUGCCGUGGAGCACGAGCUGAACUGCUCCAAGAACGAGAAGGAACUGGAGGAAUUGCUCCUAGAAGCCAGCCAGGACACGGGGCAGGAGUCGCUGUGACCGCAGAACAGCCUGUUUCCUGCCCUGAACUCUUCCCCGCGUUCUCGACUCGCCUUCCCUACCAGGAAGGACUCCGAUAUUCCCAGGGCGACGGAGGAAGGGAAGGAGACCGGAGGAAUUUUACCGAACCGGAGACUUCCCUCCCUUUGUCUGAGAUAUUUCUGCCCUUCUCUAGACGCUAGCUGAUCCAUUUGCGUUUUCUUUUCUAUAUUUCUCUGGAAUUACCACUUGUUACCGCGUAAUUUGUAAGGAGACGAUAACCGCGCCCUGGAGACCGGGGCGGAUGCACAAGAUACUGCUCUCUUCGAUCCGCGUGGGAGACGAAAAAACAAAAAAAAAAAAAGAAAAACCAAACACACGCCAACCCGGUGCCUCCCGGUUCGGGCUCGGCUACGCCGCCGCACACUACGAAGCGCCCCAGGUUUCCGCCGGAGGCUUUGAACGAGCUGCGUUUCGGGGCAAACACUCGCGAGCAGGAUGGUUGCACACGCCUCUUAUUCCCUGGAGGAGAGCGGGAGGCACGGACGAGCCGUGGUCGCCCGUUGAGGAACUUAGAUCACUAAACGAGAUACCCAGGACAGGCUGCGUUUGCAGCCACGAUGGUUAUUUAUUUUAAAGUCCCUUUUUCUUUUUUUUUUUUUUUUUUUUUUUUUGGUAUAUAUUUAUCAUGAGCUGCAAAGUUAUUGGGUGGGGAUUUGACUUAAAAAGACGAUGUAGAAUAUUAAUUACUUUUAGGCUAACCUGCAACUUUUCUCUGAACUUCCGCUCUUGGUUUGCAAAACUCUGCCAAAAAAAAAGAAAAAAAAGAAAAAAGGAGAAAAGAAGAAAAAAAGCACCACGGGAAGAGCCUUCCCCUUGCAAAGCCUCCACGAAGCGGGGCCCGAGCCGGAGGCGCCGCAUCCGGACGCAGCACGGGACACGGACACAGGGCCGAGCCGGUGUCGGGAAAACCUGGGUGGUUUUUUUUUUUUUUUUUUUUUUUUUUACCCCCGCUUUUUGGGGACCAAACGAGGAAGCCGGAGCGGCUGCUGCGAUCCAGGAGCGGCUCCGUUUCCCCUUUCUACCUUCCCUCCUGCGUUCGGGCUUUGCGCCCCGGCGCGUUUGCCGGGGGUGGGAGUGGGGGAAACGCUGCGGCGUUGACGGAUAAAUCCAGGAUUUUUUUUUUUUUUUAAUUAUUAUUAUUAUUAUUAUUAUUAUUAUUAUUUCUCGGGACUCGAAGCAGCUUUCGCUUAGCCGCUCCGACCUCGUGAAGCGGCGCGGAGAGAAGAAGGAGAGAGAGAGGAGACGUCGUCCUGCCUUCGGAGACGUUCGCCCCUUUUACCAAAGGUUGGGCUGAGGGUUCCCGUCUCGGAACGGGCUCCGGCCGGGAAACCUCGCUCGGAGCCGCCGCGGGAAAAGGCGUUCGGCUUUCUCAGGGAGGGACCUCUCCGAAUCGCCGCCGUCGGCCUCCCCCCCCCCCAAAAAAAAAAAGCAUCGCUCCGGAGAGGAGCUCGCCCGGGCGCCGGGAAACCGCUGCCGGCGCUAAUCCCUAAUUUAACCGAAUGGGACGGGCCGCGGGGGGGCUGCCGGGUAAGACGUCACGCGUUUCGAUUUUUUUUCCCCUUUAUUUUUUUUCCUGAUUUUUUUUUUUUCCUGAAGUGCAAUAAAUCUAUCAGGGAGCUGAGGGCACUUGGCCGCGCGGGAUCGGGGCGGGAGAGGCGUUUUGGUGCACUGGAACUGAAUCACGUCGGGCAGCCGCUGCGUUAACACUACGCACGAGGGAGGGGGAUUUAUUCGCUGACCUUCGUCCUUCCUUUCCGUCGGGCCGGGGCGGGGGGGAUAUUUCUUUCUUUCUUUCUUUCUUUUUUUUUUUUUUUUUUGUUUUUUUUUCCCCCCCUUUCCCUCUUUCUUUUGCGUUGUUGUCGGUUGUUGUUAACACUGUUUUCUAUUAAAUGAAACCCGCAUUCGUCACCGA